CCUGAGCGCCACAUACAAGCACAACUCAUUUGUUUACUUAUGCCAAAGACGUGAGGGUAGAUUAUAUGCUUCAUCCUAUCUGAUGAUACGUUUAGGAAUUUAAGCGAACAACUAACACAUCUUGGUUUGACCUCUUUUCACAACAAGAAGAGAAUGGGUCGACUGGAUGAUGCUGCCAAGCGCAAAGUAGUAGAGCUACGAAAGGCUGGACUGAGUUUCCGUAAGAUCAAAGCUGUACUGGAGCUGGAGAACAUAAAGGUGUCAGCCCAAGCCAUUUAUCUGUUCCUGAGGGAGUUUCAGGGGAGGCCACCAGGAUGGGUGCAAACUAUGGAGGCUGGAAGUAGCACAUCAUCACCACAGGUGCAGGUUCGAGCUGGGGGAAUGCAAGACAACUGGAGUAACCUGCAUCUCCAAAAUUUAUUACGGGAGGCCUCUCAGCAUUCUGGUUUUGCAGCAACAACAGAAUUCGGUAAACAGAAGUCUCCAAAUUCAGAGAGCAGUGUAAAGCCAUGUGGAUCUGGGGAAACACGUGCAAGCAACAGGCCAGGGCAGCAACAGGAGGGAAAUAAAGAAGAAAAUGACAUCCAGAUUGUUAGUGUUACCUCUCUUGCACAGAGCAACCAACAAAGCACUUCCCAGUCCAAUGUAAUAAGAGCAGAGACGAGCACUGCAUCAUCCACAGGAACGGCAAAUGCAGCAUUAAGAAGAAGCAGGGUUACUCCUUCUCCAGCCACCAGCUCAAUGCUGGCAGCUCGUAAAAGACUUCUGGAUAAAGCACUGUCACACAGAAUGAAGUCAUUCCAGCAGGUGGCAUCAUUUUUGAGGAAAGAUCAAUCAAGAGUCCAAGGUGCUGACUUGAGAAGUGCACUUCCACAACCUGAAACAUAUGAUCUGACAACUGAAAGGACUGUUUUGGGGAAUCAGCCAGGAGGAACAGGUGGCAGUACCCCCCGACGUUUUUUCAUGCCGAGACCAAGUUUUUCCAUUCGCUCCCUUCACCCACCUCCUCGAGUUGGCAUCCGUCUUCCAAACAGACAACCAGCACCUUUAACGUCCUCUGCUCCUGGGGGUGCAGUGAUUCGCCUGCCAAGCCCUAGUGGCCAGGGGACUCCUCGUAGCGAGGGUAAUCCUAGCCCCCAACAGGCAAUCCAGGACUCUGGAGGGAGGGGUGGUCUGCAAGAUCAGAUCCAGAGCCUGAGUUCUGAGGUACGCAGCUUGGGCAUGGCAGUGAAGAUGCUGGUGGAGCAGCAGUGCCGCCUGGAGAGGGAGCAGGCUCAGCAGACAAGCAUUCAGAAACAAAUCCUCAGCACUCUUCAGAGUUUUUCUUCCAAACUGGGUCAGUGUAGCAGUGUUCAACAACAGCACAACAAAACUCCAUCACCUUCUUCUUUACCAGCUGCUUCCAUAUCUACCUCCUUCAGCCAAGACUCUUUCAACUUCAAUCAAGGCAGCUACACCCAGUGCAGCCAAGCACAGUCAAGCUAUAACUCUUUAGAAGGUUUAGAAAGUGUCGAGGCCUUUAAGUUACCAGGGCUGAGUCCCACAAACAUGAACGGUUUUUCAACAUGUAGCAGUGCUGAGAGCCUUCCACUUACCCACACUCCUCUACAGACACAACCAUAUACAACUACAUACCCUCAGCAAAGCAGUCAAACACGCAUGCAAUCAUUCACACAGACCUAUGUGUCUGAGUACAACCAAUCACAUUCACAGAUGUUCAGAGGGUCAGAGACUAAAACAGAUUUCCCAAGCAGCUGUUCAGCACAGAGUUUUCACAGCUGUAGUACCUCCACCCAGCCAGUGAUGAGCUCUGAUGGCUCUCCACAGGAUCAACAGAUCAAUAUUAAAGUGGAAGGACCAUAGAGCACUUUCAGUUCCAUACAACCCUGGGCAUGUUUUGGGAUAACUAAGGGUGGGCUUUUAUAAAGACUGACUUUCGUACAGUUAUUUCAGAUGCACAUGUUUUGAAAUUAGCAUAAUCUGUAGCAUUUUUAUUAAUUUAUGUCCAAAGUAAAUUAAGUGAUCAUGAAAUAGAAUAGCAAUAGCAUAAAAAUAUUACACUGCUGUAGUAAAACUGUGACUGAUUUGUUCCAAUGGGCAGUGAUUUAAAAAAAAAAAAAAAAAAAAAAAGAAGAUGUACAGGUACUUUAACAUAUUUUAUAAAGCAUCUUGUUUAUUUUUUACUUUUUGUUUUGUAUCUCUUAGCCUAGCAUUACAAACUGUUAAUUUCAUACAACCAGUAAAUCAAUAAAAGAUGGUUGUGAUUCACA